CUUAGCAUCCCGUCUGUCUUUCUGUCUGCUUUGUUCCAUGCUUUCAUAGUAGCAGCGCUAAUUUCAUGCUCUCCAGUUCUGUUUCUCUUGCCGAUCCGCACUCCCUCCCUCGCUUGCAUCGCCUGCACGCGGACGUUGCCGUGGAGGACCGCCAACUGAGUUGAGCUCUCCGUUGUUCGUAACGAGGAUAGACCGUGCGCCGAUCAAAUACAGCGUCGGGAACUCCAUGUACAUGAAAUUCCAGAAGAGGCAGGCGGAGGCUUUGAGAAUCCGUGAAAAGUAUCCCGACAGAAUUCCAGUAAUUGUGGAGAAAGCUGAAAAGAGCGAUAUUCCAGAUAUUGAUAAGAAAAAAUAUCUGGUGCCAGCUGAUUUGACAGUCGGGCAAUUUGUUUAUGUCAUAAGGAAGCGUAUUAAAUUGAGUUCCGAGAAAGCCAUUUUUAUAUUUGUGAAAAAUGUCCUUCCACCUACAACGGCCAUGAUGUCGUCAAUUUAUGAUGAGCAUAAAGAUGAGGACGGAUUCCUCUAUUUCACCUAUAGCGGUGAAAAUACCUUUGGAGAUGCCAUUACUUGCUAGCUACAUGGGCAUUUAUUGCUUGUUCAGGAAAUUUUGUAUUCCUCGCCCAACCGGCAUUUAACUCGAUAGUUGGUAGCCCUUUCGGUGUUGCUUGGCCACGUUCUCUUUCAAGGGAACGAUGCGUGCAGCUGAAUCCGUAUUUCCGGCACAUGCUCCAGCUUUAGGCACUCAACUCUCAGCUCAGGAGUGCUUUGGAAUCGCACCGUAGAACGAUUUGCCUGAUUUGGCAUUAUGUUUCAUGUACAGUAGCAGAUCAGAAUCAGGCAAAGUUAGAAUUGUGUAUUUGAUUUUAACUCUGUUUUCUAUCACUGCAUGUAGACAAUAACAAACUUUUGUCCAACGGCUGGUUUGGUGAAUUUGUAAACUUUUCCUGCGUUGCUCAUACAGCAGUAACGUCAUGACUGACUCAGUAAAUAGCAUUGCCAGCGUGUUUGGGUUGUAAUUUAAAA